AUGGCAUCCACCAACACAAAGAAAUUUCCCCAGGAUGACGCUGCAUCAGCAGCACCAUCCACCUCCACAGCCUUCACUGAGGCGACGAGCGCCGCAGCCGCCGAUGCCCCGCCCUUCACCGCCAUCGCCGCGGCAUCUACCUCAGAGGCGCCUUCUUGGGCGCCGCGCUCGUCGGCGUCACCUCCCCCCGCACUUCCGUCGGAGCGCCCCCAAGAACGGGGCCCUGAGCCGCCCGGAGCCGGCACCAGCGGAGGAUGGAGUUUCUAUGCGGCGAGGGUCGACCGGAAGGGAAAGAAGGUCGCCGCCUGCGAGGAGGCUGCCACUUGGUCGCGGGGCUCUUUGCUGAAGCUAUCGCCUGCCUCCCACGGCCAUGAGUUGAAAUUGCUGCGUGGCAAGGGGAUUUGGACCGAUGACGGAUCCUGUUCGACUUCCAGAUGUGGCAGUGCAGUUAUAAAUGAAAAGAAGUCUUAUAACACAGAGACCACUGGCAAUCUUCCCAUCGAAGCAUUGCAGGGUAAGUCAGCUCAGGGUUCCAGAUACUGGGAGCUGCACGACUGCCCUUCUAAUGUGGAAGGAAUGAAUCCACCUGGGUUCUCUAGUCGCCACCCGGUUUGGGAAGGAUUUGCUGUCCCCGUGAAGAAAGAAGGAGGAAAGUUAUCCUUCUUUUGUGUUGCCUGUAAAAAGUUACUAUCAGGGAAUGCAGCUGUAGCGACGAAACACAUGCUUUGUACAAAAGGUUGUGCGAUUUCAGAAGAGGGUAAAAUGGACCUCAAGACAAGAAUCAGAGAAUUUGACAACAGGAGGAAUGAUUUGAAAAGAAAGUGCAAGGAGCCAAAGGAGGGUGUUGUUCAAGGUGCUAAAAUAAAUAAGAAUACGAAUGAUGGGCUGGAUCAGCUUCCAGGCGUUACUGAGUGCUGUAGCAGUGCCUUACUUUCGUAUUCUUCUUCCUGUGGUGGGCUUGAAGGUGCUAUGAAAGCUACACCAGGACAACUAGAACGUGAUAAGGAUGAGGUUUCCAUAUCAGAUCAUUGUUCCCAUCGCUGUCCUAUAGCUAUUGCAAGGCUGGAAGAUAUUUUCCGGCUUGUACUGACAGAUGGGCAGAAUCUGAUGAUGACCGUAUUUCCUCCUUUGAUCCUCUUUCCCACAGCUUCCUUACAGGCUUAUUUGUGCACACAUAUGCAACUCAAAGCAUCGUACCGCGUCCAGCAAAAGGUGGCAAUGAAGAUCUUUUCUGGCUAGCAGCUGAUUCACGACAAGAACCUGAUUACUAUCAUGCUUGGUCCUUGUAUUCUUCUUCUUGUAGCUAUUCCACAGCCGCGACUGAAACUCUUACAGUGUGCCCUUCAACCGGAGAUGAAGGAAGUGAAGCAGGAGAACAACCCCAUCAGGAUCAGGUUUGAGCCUUGGAUCCUCUUUCCUGUAGUCGGUCCACAAAUGAUCACUUCCACUAGGUAUCCCACAUGAACUCCUGUAAAAUAAGUUGGGUGUCUCUUCACACAAUUACACAUUACUUUCAUGAUUUGAUCACAUUGUUAGAUUUGUGUUGAAUAUUAUUGUACAAGGUAGGUUACAAUUGGACUUGCUUUUGGACUGUAUGUAGACAGGGUAGGAGUUGUGUCCUAGUAGGACACUUGUA